AUGUCAACAAACGAUCCAGUACCGGAAUGUCCUGCACCCUUUGUUCAUGAUUGGGCUUCAGUCAAUCCAAACACAUACCCAUACGAAGUACCCGAUUUCUGUAAACGUGCUCCAAUUCCUCCUUCAGUCCCUACUACUUCAAUACCAUCAACUAUGAAAAAACCUAAAACUCCUAACCUCUUCUUGCCUAAACCCAAGAUUCUCAAAUCCAAACCUACUAUGAUCGAUAAGACUACGACUUCAACAACUCCUACCAAUGCCAGAACAGAGGACAAAGACUCUGAAAACGUUUUGACAGUAGAAACUGAAAUCAGAAAUGGUGAUAAUGGUAAUGGUAAUGGUGAUGGUGAUGGUGAUGGCGAUGAAGAUGAUGAUGAUCCGUGGGGCUUAGGGGCGCCAUCGAAAAAGACCAAAAAGGUUUCCACUACUGCAUCUACGACAAACAACAACGAGCUACUUGGAGAGGACUCAGGAGCAUUCGCGCCCCUCCCACCACCUCUUGCCGAUCCGUCUCGAUCAACUGCAACCGAACCUGAAAAAGUGGAAUUCGAAAGUAAUUUAAAAUUCGAUCACAAUUUACUCGAGACAAUUGUUAGAUCUGUCUUACUUUCUAAAAUUUUACUCGAUUCGCGUCGUGAACAUCAAAAACGUGUUUCAAUUUUAAAUUCUUAUAAGUCUGAUACAGCUGGAUCACAUCCAGAUCAUUCUCAACUUUAUGAAACUUAUUUAUCUCGAGCUGUUGGAAUUGUAGAAAAAAUUCAACUUCAACUUAAUAGUUCAUUAACCUUUAUUGAUGAAGAUAUUAAAACACAAAUUCAAGAAUUUACUAUCAAGCAUGAUCAAAUGCUUAUUUCACCUGGUUCAACUAACUGGGAUCCUAAACCGAUUCAAAAAUGUCAAAAUUCAUCGAACACUAGAGUUGCUCCUGUAGGUCAAGACUCGGAUUGGGGAUCAAGCGUUAAACCGAUUGAUAAUAAUCCGAUCAAUCAAAACUCAGAAUGGGGAUCGAUCAAUAAGCCAGAAAGUAAUCGACCCGCACCAAACACCGAUUGGGGAACAGAUAUCAAUGUUGCAGGAGGUAAAUCGAUGACUAAGAACUCAGAUUGGGGAGCUGAUACUGGUGCAGGAGGAAAUUCGUCUUCAGGUUGGGGUUCGACUUCGAAUAACAAAACAGAAAUACCUCCAAACAAUCAGUCUUCAGAUUGGGGCGCAAACACGGGUGCAGGAAGUAAUCCGGUGAAUGGAAAUUCGGAUUGGGGUUCUUCAAACAAGACGGAAGUUAAUGGCUUCAAUAAAAAAUCAGACUGGGGGGCAAGUGGUGAUACCGGUGGUCAAAAUGCAGGUAGAGGAUCAAUCAAUGGGACGGGUACUAACGCGGGUGCGCAAGAUUCGGGUUGGGGUUCAAGAAGCGGAAGAGGUGGGAGAGGUGGUCAUCAGAACUCGAGUUGGGGAUCAAAUGGUGGAUUGGGCGGCGGUGAUGGUGGCGGUGGAGGCGGUGGUUGGUGCUCUGGAGGCGGUGGCGGGAGCGCAAGCUGGAGUACUGGAGGCGGUGAAGGAGGAGGAGGAGGCUUCGGGUCUUCUGGUCAGCGAGGAGGGAGGGGAUUUGGAGGUAGAGGUAGAGGCAGAGGCAGAGAUGGGUUUGAGAAUGAUUUUAGUCAGGGCAAUAACAGAGGUAGAUUUGGGGACUCUGGAGGGGAUCGUGGUUCUUUUAGUGAUCGUGGGUCUGAUCGGGGGCGAGGUCGUGGUCGUGGAGGUGGUACUGGGGGUGGAUCAAGUUGGUCAAAUUCAAAUAAUAAUGAUGUUAGUGAAAGUACGAGUUUUGGAUGGGGUGGAGAUGAUAAAAGUGCGAGUCAAAAGCCAGCCAAUAACACAGUGACUUCUGGAUGGGGUGGGGAUGAUAAGAUUGCAAGUCAACCAGUCAACGAUACUGAUCCUGAUGCUGCGAAAGCCGCUCCUGCUCCUGUUGCCGAAGCGUUUGAUUGGGGUGAUUGGGCUUAA